AUGGCGACUCCAGGGGGACCUAGGCCGGGGAACUUCCCCCCCAAUUACAACCCAAACGCACUCGCCAGCAAUAUGCAAAAUCUGCAAAUCAAUCAAACGCCCGGUCAGCAGCAGCCGGGCGGUGGCCCCCGCCCUCUCAGCAGCGCACCUUUCGGUCAACAGCCCCUGCCAUUUACCGGUGUCCGCCCAGGCCCGCCUCCACCUGGCGCAUUCCCGAGGGGUCCCGCACCUCCUGGCGUCUCAACCCAACCCGCAUUCCGUCCAAACACCAUGACAUCCACUAGGCCCACAGGCACGCCGCCACCUGUAUCUCAGCCUCCUCCCCCAGUUGGGUUGAGGCCCCCACCACCUGGCGCAUUCCCUCCAUCUGUCGGUGGACCCACUGCUCCCUCACCUUUCAGGCCCGGCCCUCGCCCAGGGCCCUUUUCGUCCGCCCCUCCAACUUCAGGUCCCGCCACUUCACCCGUUUUGGGGGCUCCCAAUGGGCCUCCUGCAUUUGGCCCUGGGAUAUCACAGGGCGGGCCCCGGUUCCCACCUGCAAUGGGCAGUACGCCAAGGCCAUCGUCGGUGGGCCCUCCAUCCCAGCCGCUUCAAAUGCGUCCUAGCUAUAGUGGUCUGCCUACCGGUGGAUCGCCGUCUCCUGUGGGGCAACAAUCGUCCCCAUUCGCAGGCCCGCCUUCUGCUGUUGCGCAACAGGCUCCACCGUUUACAGGCUCGCCACAGAACAUGCGGCCUCCUCCAGGAUCCUCUGCGUUUUCUGCGCCCAUUCCAGGUGGGCUGCAACCUUCGGGUGCACCGUACGGUAUGCAGACGUGGCCAUCACAGCCAAACCAGCAGGUAGUUCCACCUCCUCCGAUUCCUGGUGCUAUGCAGCAGCAACCGAUGUUUGGGAUGCCGCCAGGUGGGCCUCCACCUCCUACUCAAUCUAUGGCUAUGGGUCAAACUGGGCAAUCAAAAAUUGAUCCUAACCAGAUUCCUCGCCUUACUCCAAGUUUUGCUGUAAUUUUGCACGAGACCCGUCAGGGCAAUCAGGCAAACCCUCCUCCGCCUGCAACAAGUGACUAUAUAGUAAAAGACACUGGGAAUUGCAGUCCACGCUACAUGAGGUGUACUAUAAAUCAGAUUCCAUGUACUGUAGAUCUUCUAUCGACAUCUGCAAUGCAGUUGGCUUUAUUGGUCCAGCCUUUAGCUCUUCCACAUCCGUCUGAGGAACCCAUCCAUGUUGUUGAUUUUGGCGAAAGUGGUCCCGUUCGGUGUUCUCGCUGCAAAGGCUACAUAAACCCAUUCGUAAAGUUCAUUGACCAAGGAAGACGUUUCAUUUGCAACUUGUGUGGAUUUACGGAUGAAACUCCACGCGACUAUCACUGCAACUUAGGUCCUGAUGGUCGGCGCAGAGACGCUGAUGAUAGACCUGAGCUAUGCAGAGGAACAGUUGAAUUUGUUGCUACUAAGGAAUACAUGGUGCGUGAUCCAAUGCCCGCCGUAUUUUUCUUUCUCAUUGAUGUAUCCAUGAAUGCCGUACAAACUGGUGCAACUGCAGCAGCUUGCAGUGCGAUCAACCAAGUUAUAGCUGAUCUUCCUAAGGGGCCUCGAACAAUGGUGGGCAUUGCUACAUUUGACUCGACCAUCCACUUUUACAACCUAAAACGAGCUUCACAGCAGCCGUUGAUGCUUAUAGUUCCUGAUGUGCAAGAUGUCUACACUCCUCUGGAAAGUGAUGUUAUUGUCCAAAUUGAUGAGUGCCGCCAGCAUUUAGAGAUACUGUUAGAAAGUAUUCCUACAAUGUUCGAGAGUAAUAGAACUGCUGAUUCAGCAUGUUGUGCUGCAGUAAAGGCGGCUUUCUUGGCAAUGAAAAGCACUGGUGGCAAACUGCUUGUCUUCCCAUCAACAUUGCCGUCAACUGGCAUUGGAUCCCUUUCUGCUAGAGAAGCGGAAGGCAGAAGCAACAUAUCAGCGGGAGAUAAGGAGGCUCACAAAUUACUCCAACCGGCUGACAAGAUUUUGAAAACUAUGGCUAUUGAGUUUGCGGAGUAUCAGGUCUGUGUGGACUUGUUCAUUACGACACAAUCAUAUGUCGAUAUAGCUUCUCUCUCUGUAAUACCAAGAACUACUGGAGGCCAGGUUUACUAUUAUUACCCUUUCUCUGCCCUUUCUGAUUCUGCUAAGCUUUACAAUGACCUCCGCUGGAAUGUCACAAGGCCACAAGGAUUUGAAGCUGUGAUGCGUGUUAGAUGCAGCCAGGGUAUUCAAGUUCAGGAAUAUUCAGGAAACUUCUGUAGGCGCAUACCAACUGAUGUUGACUUACCUGCUAUUGAUUGCGACAAAACAAUAAUGGUGACCCUGAAACAUGACGACAAAUUGCAGGAAAGUUCUGAGUGUUCUUUCCAGUGUGCCCUUUUGUACACCACCGUAUAUGGACAAAGAAGAAUCCGUGUUUCGACAUUGUCUCUGCCUUGCACCAACAUGCUGAGUAACCUGUUCCGAGCGGCUGACUUAGAUACCCAAUUUGCUUGCAUGCUGAAGCAAGGUACUAUCUUGGGUGUUGUGUAUUGA